AUGAGGCUUGGGGAUUUAUACCGGCUCGUCUACCUUGCUACUUUAAUACCAAGUCUAAGGGGGGCAUGUUCCGAAGAUAUCCUCCUGAGGUGGCCAUUAACUCCAGAAGUUUGUAGUGACCAGGUCCUAUCUAAUUCUGAUCUACGGGUUUCUUACUGUCCUUACACGUUCGUCCAAGACCAUCCUGUUCCCCGAAUAACGCCGGUCUCUGCUUUCUCCGUCAAUCUUUCCGCUGAUUCGAUCCUAGAUUUACGUAUUGCUACUGCGCCGUCCGAGGAUUAUGGAUUCUCAGUCUUCGUAAAACCGACAACAAAUGACGACAGUUGUAUUCUACAUUACAAAUCCGACGACGGCAGUUUUGAGAUGAAGUUCCUUUCCACAGCCUCCGGAACAAAUGCAUCAGUCAUUGGAUGGGACUCCUGCGCUUCCAAUGCUUUACAGGUUGGGCAGUGGCAGAGAAUUGCCAUGACAAUGGAUGCUAAUCACCCAAAGCUCUUUUUAUACAUUGACCAAUCGCCUUUUGACGGCCCUGAAAAAAAUGAAGUUACUGGUCCUAAAUCUCCACUCAUUACCUUUAAAACACCAGGCACACUGAGAGUUGGGGGAUCCUUUGACGGGAAAACAUUCAGUGGAUUGGUGUCAUGUGUUGGUUUCUUUGAACACAAAGAUAUUGACUGCUUCACGAGUUGCUUUGAAUCAAAUACCUGGUCUUCAAUCAACAUGCAUCCAGAGAAAAGACACUAUGGGACAUUCUCACCUACCGAAACCGGGAAAAUACCGAACCAGGCAUCCCUCAACGUCACUUCCGCUAACAGUUUGAGUUCUUGUGCUUUACAAUGCUUGAAGGAUGUGCUACCUUGUGUAAGCGUAGCGUAUAACAGCGCCACCGGAAGUUGUUAUUUUUACCGGGAUUUCUUUUUCGCCAAUCUGAGUUCCACUCCAAAUACCAAUAUCUAUGUUUUACAGCCAUACUGAGUACAUGAGUAACA